AUGGGCAUUUCAGCCUCCAAGCGAGUCAAGGCUUCACUCUCAAACUCGUCCGAUUUCGACUCAGCAUGCGACUCAGGCUACACGCACUGCAUCUCCCUGACCCAGCACGCUUUCCCCGGCGUCUUCCCCUACCAACUCGCCACUGCCUCCGACCACCUCCACCGCACCCUAUCCACGCUCCGGCCCCACCCUCUCAUCAUUAAGUGGGUCCCCUCGCCACCGUCUCAAGCCCAGGUCGACUCCGCCCUCAGAGCAGUGACUCGCCGGCUGCCCAACAGAGAGGAUUUAACCGCUCCGCACGAGUCCCUUCUCGGGCCCGCCCAGUUCAAGGAAUGGGCCGUUGAGCUGUUCACGGAUGCCGUGGUGUCGAACGCGGGGAAAGCAGUUCUCUGCAGAGUUCCGAUUGGAAUAGUCGGGAUUGCUGGAAUCGGGGCGGUGACUCGGUCUGGAACGGACUUGAUUGGGACGGCAAUCGGCGUGUACGCGCUUGGCAUUGCGACUUCUGUUUAUCUUAGUUUGUCAGGCUAGUGUAGUGUUUUUCCUUUCUUGUUUUUCUAUAUUCGGGUUCGAGUAAAUGUUAUGUCGAUGAUACGUGGCAUAAUCCUAAUCUCUCUGUAAGAACAGAAUAAUUAUUAGCCGUCGGGUGGCAAGACUAUCCAGAAAUUGUAACUAUGCAUAGCAAAUUUUUAACGAGAACAUAAGCAGGUUCAUUUAUUA